AUGCCAUCGGGAGUUUGGACCUUAUUUCUGGAUAGAGCCUCCAAUGUAAAAGGGUCUGGUUUCGGGCUAUUUUUAAUCACUCCCUCAAGGGAUAUUCUAAGACGGGCCAUUAGAACUGUACCAUUAAUUAAAAAUGAAGCUGAGUAUGAGACUUUGGUUGCAGGACUAGAACUAGCUCGGGGACUAGGUUCUGAGCUCAUCGAGGUAAAAUGUGGCUCCAAGAUGGUGGUCAACCAAGUUUAUGGGAUUUUUGAUGCAAAGGAAGAGCGGAUGCAACAGUACUUCAAUAAGGUCAAAAUGUCUAACUCGAUAAACGGAGAUGAAAACAACAAUCUUGAGGACCAUGGGGAAAAUGGCGUGGUUGUUCUAGAUGUUGUUGUGCCACAACAAAACCCUAGGAAUGCACCAGAUCCAGGCCCCAUGGACAUGGUCUCACACGACACCCAGCGCAUCGACGUAAGCUCCCACACUGACAGGAGGGUGCACCAAGGGGACCAACAAGAAGCACGGGAAACACCAAUUAGAGAGGAACAUGAGGUCGAGAGUGGCAGAGCAGCUCGGACUGAUCGACCAAUUCGUGCCCGCCACUCGGGUCCUGAACAAAUUCAACAUUGCAAGUGA